AGGGUUUGGAAACUUUUAGCGGGAACGCGUACGUGCGCGCACCCGUGUUCUUUGUGUGGCAGGAAAGAGAAAGCGCCAAAAGAGUGACCAUGGCUGAUGAGAAACCCAAGGAAGGAGUGAAGACUGAAGGUAGUGAACACAUCAACCUGAAGGUGGCAGGCCAGGAUGGAUCCGUCGUGCAGUUCAAGAUCAAAAGGCACACGGCGCUCAACAAACUCAUGAAGGCCUACUGCGAUAGACAGGGACUGUCCAUGAGGCAAAUCCGGUUCAGAUUUGAUGGACAGCCAAUAAAUGAGACAGACACACCGUCACAGUUGGAAAUGGAAGAUGAAGACACGAUUGACGUGUUUCAACAACAGACAGGAGGAGUGAUUUAAUCAACCGUCCCCACGUCAUCUUUCCUCAUUUAAGAGAACCGCAGCCUGGGAUAUACAUGAUUUACGUCUCACCCUAUUGAGGUUUAAAUGACUCUGCUGUACAGUAUUUUCAAUAUUUUCCCUGUUACUUCUGUACUUUUUGUACAUAAACCAAUCCACAUCGAUUUUUAGGUUUUAGGUCGUCAAAAUUGGACUCAUUCUAGAAUGAGAAAUAUUGUGACUUUUCCAAUCGCCAGGCUGGGUCAAGAGUUUUGCUCGUAAAUUGGUUCUAAAGGUGUGCUAUUUUGAAAUUGAUUGUGAUGUUCACAAUACUUAAAGAAUGUGGUCACAAGGGGCCAAACCACCCGUAAAAUUGAUCUGUGUGAUCAGAUCACUCUUGUGUGUCAUGCAUGAUCUGACUACUCAGAACACAUUAAUACAUGUCAGGGCUCUAUCAAACUGUUGAAAUGGGCCUGAAAUCUCAUUUAGUGACCACAUGAAAAUAAUUCGAUUUUUACCUUUAUAUGGUGGCGAUUGUGUGGACAAUACCUUUUGAUUAAUCCAUUAACCAGACCAAAAGUCAUAUUUUGGGAAGGAGGAGGAUAUCUUGCCACCAUACAAAGAAUCUGUUUUGUCUAUUAAGAUACCUGAUUAAAUAAAGCUAUUGUUGUUUUUUUCCAAUACUCUUA